CGCGAGGUUAAAUGGCUGUGGCGCGUCGGCAGACCCAGCGACAGAGCGAGCCGGUGGUCAUCGGCCAUGUGGCUGCACCGCGGGCCCCGGGGGUCGGUGUGGGGGGCGGCAUGGCUGGUGCUAGCAUGGCGGCUGCUGCAGUGGAGGACGAGGCAGAUGACGAUAGCUGGGACGAGAGUGAUGACGAUAUCCAGGCCUCUGUGGGUCCGCCUCCGUUUGUGCCGGGCCAGCUUCAGAACCAACAGCAGCAGCAGCAGCCCAACGGCCUGGUGGGCGCGUCGUCCCCUCUAAUGCCCAGUGGUGAGCCAGCCAGAUGGAUCUUAGUGGGCGCGAGAUAGACACACAUCCGUGCACGGCUUGUUGUUGCUGAUGACUGCAGGCAGUCGUCCCCAUCCGCCCACCCUGGGUCUGGGCUCGCCUGACCACGACAUGGAACAGACAGACGACAGCACAGGCGGCCACAGCAUGCACCCACACCACCCACAGCAUCAGCACCAGCAGAGCCUGGCCACACCCGCGCCGCCCUCAGCCAACAGCCACAACAACAGCAGCAAUGUGCCCGACGUGCCCAUCAAGCAGGAGGAGAUGGAGGAGGCUCCAGCUUCCCCCAUCAGCAAAAACGGCGCGGGCAUCUUCAGCGGCGGGCUGCCGCACCGGUUUGGGUGGCCACCCUUCAUGCCGCCAUUCCCCAUUGCGUCCGUCGCCAUGGGCAUGGACAUGGCCAUCGGCUUGGGUGCCGGGGGGCGUGGGAGGGGCGCUGGCAUCGCUCCUGAGGGUGGUGGGUGCGCCAAGCCCAAAAGCGUCGGGAGGGGCGUUUGGUUGCCGCCGCUGCCCCCGUUCAUGACGAAGGGCACUGCGACGAAGGGCACUGCGAUGAAGGGCACGGUCGAUGACGGGAUGGGACCUUGCCAGGUGGGAGGGACGGGGGGCGGCAUAGGCGGCAUGGGCAUGGGCAUGGGGAGGGGCGGACACACGGGCGGUUAUGGGCCCCGUCGCGGCAAGGAUAGCGAGCAAGACAUCGAUGAGGAACCGCUGGGUAAGCGGAAGGGGUACACACGUACACAUCCACUUAUGUGCAUUGUGUCGGCUUGCAGGGGAGGUGGAGGAGACCAAGCGCGCAACCCAGCUACUCAAGACCACACAGAUCGACGACGAACUCUGCCUCCAGUACGGUGAGUGACAGACACACCACACGGACUGAUGUCCUCCGACUACCCAUUCAUCCAUUCAUCCAUUCAUCCAUCCAUUCUCCUUCUGUCCAUCCAUGUGCACAGCUUGCCACCCAGACGAGCAGCUGUCGAAUGAGGACCUGACGAACAACGCCCGCUCCCUGCUGCAGCGGCUCCGCAGCCACGGUGUGGGCGCUGGCGGCAUGGGCCCCAAGGGCGGGCUGGGCAUCAAGUGGGACGGAAAGUACCGCCGAUUCCGUGUGGAGCUCGAGUACAAGACGCAGCGGUAUGAGGGCGGCUCCCAGAUGGUGUCCAAGCAGACCUUCGCCGGGCUCGUCGACGCCCUCGGCAGGGCCGUCCGCCGCCGCAACGGCAUCAGCCGGCAGCUGGGGCUGCCCCAGCUGCCGUUCAAGGGGCUCCUGCAGUCGAUAUGGGGCGACGAGAUCGACAACUUCUACCGCAUGGAUACCAACGGAGAUGACGACGGGGAUGGGGGCGGGGGUGCGCCAAAGGUGAGGGUGACGGUCAAGGGAGGGGGGUUGCCCAAGCCCAAGGCGAAGCCCAUGCGGUGCCCGCAUAUCAACGAUGCGGGCGGCGGGAAGGCAGCCCCAGCUUUGGUGCAGUGUUCGCGUCGGCAGACCCAGUGGCAGAGCGAGCCGGUGGUCAUCGGCCAUGUGGCAGCACCGUGUGCCGCGGGGGUCGGUGUGGAGGGCGGCAUGGCUGGUGCUAGCAUGGCGGCUGCUGCAGUGGAGGACGAGGCAGAUGACGAUAGCUGGGACGAGCAGUGAUGGCGACAGACAGACAGAC